AUGGCUGAACCUGGGUACCGACACCGAGACCGCGGACUCGAACGCAAUGACGAGCGUGGAGAGCGGUCGGACGACAGUUUUCCCGGACGAGCUUCCAAAACCAAUGACAAGCGAUCGCGCGACGACGACCCUGAUACGGAUGAGCGACGGGCGAGGAGGAGAUAUGCGUAUGGAGAUGGAGAUGGUAGGAGAAAGAGGAGGAGAUCGGAGUCUCCACGACGGAGGGAGGAGCGAGAACGUUACGAUGGACACAGGCGGAGGGACGAUGGCAAUACCACAGAGCGACGGCGGGAUCGAGAAGAAGGGCGAGAUGACUCAAAAAUACUCGACGACAGAGACGCACGCGACCAUGCCUCUCGAUCCACACGCCGUACGCAUCAUCGAGACGACAACGACAACCACGACCGCAAUCACAAACACAAGCACCACCACCACCGUCACCACGCCCACCACCGCUCCCCAACACGCGUCCAGAAGCCGACGCCCACCACCCUGCCCUGCGAUGCGCGCCCCCUAUCCCGCACGGCCGACUACGGCACCUUCCGCCCGCUGCUGGCGCGCUACCUCGACGUGCAAAAACAAAAAGACAUCACGGCGCUCGACGAGCGCGAGGUGCGCGGCCGCUGGAAGAGCUUCGUUGGCAAGUGGAACGCCGGCGAGCUGGCCGAGGGCUGGUAUCAUGCUGAGCUGUUCCAGGAGGCUGUACUGGAGUGGAAGGAGCUGGGGCUGGAUCGCGCGAUGGAGGAGGCGGAGGCGGAGCGUGGGCGUGGACACGGACGUUUGGGAAGCGGUGAUGGGGAGAAAAGGGGGGUCGAUGAGGUACUAGGUGGUGAGGUCCUGGGUGGUGGCAUAGUGGCUGGGGAAGAUGUGGAUGGCGCUGGGGAAGGGCACGGAGGUGACGAUGAAGACGACGACGAUGACUAUGGCCCCAUUCUCCCCGACCAAGCCACAACAUCUUCAUCCGGCACACAGCAUCCACAAACAAGACACGGCCCCGGCAUCCCCAACCUGCAAGACCUCUCCCUCCAGCGCGAAGCCCACACCGAGUCCACCCUCGAAGCGCGCGACCGCCUCCGCCUCGACCGCAAAGCCGACCGCGCCACGCAGAAGGAGCGCCUCGAGGACCUAGCGCCCCGCGCCGAGCCGGGCACGCGCGAGCGCCAGCUCGAGAAGAAGCGCGAGGUCAACGAGAAGAUGAAGGGGUUCCGGGAGAAAUCGCCCGGCGGCGAGAUAAACGACGCCGAGCUGCUUGGGGGAGGAGGUGGUGGGGGAGGGGAUAGUCUGGAAGAGUAUAAACGCAUGAAGGAAGCGGAUCAGCGAAAGAAGACGGAGCGCGAGGUCCGGAGGGAGGAGGUGCAGAGGGCGAGGGCUGCGGAGCGGGAGGAGAGGGUCAGGGAGUAUCGAGAGAAGGAAGAGGGAACGCUCGCUGUGCUGAAGGAGAUUGCGCGGCAUCGGUUUGGGUGA